CGUAAAAGGGAUAUACCAACGUUUUACAAGUCAAAAUAGCGAUAACACCACAACCCGCUAGUAUCGAAAAACGAACGUGUCCAUAAAAGAUGGAUCAGAAUAAGUACAUAGAAGUACGAAUUUUCGAACCUGUUGCGGAUACUCCAACUUUCGACGCUGCUCACAAAUAUUCCAUAAAAACUCUGAGCACAAUUCACGAAUGCGAUAGUUUAAAGGUUACCCACUCGUACGUUCAAAAUAAUAAUUCGUACAUGCAAAGGAACAUUCCGUAUUCCACGAACUUGAAGUCAAACAUCAGAAGCUUUCCAUCUUCCAAACAAAGGGUAGAUUCGAUUAGAAACGCGGACAGACCAUUCGAUAUCGAUUUGCUCUUAAGAUAUUACGCGUGUAAUUCCGAUAUGGAGAAGUCGAUAAACAAAGUUUUUGGCAAAAUGGAUGAUCACGUUUGCAAAGACAUAGAUCAUGUUGGCCCGUUAAUCGAAUUGGGUGCUAUCUACAAAAUUUGCAACUCGUUGGAAGAAUCGUCUCCUAAAAAUUCCUUAUCAUCCAUGCGUCGAUUUCGCGAUAUCAUAGUGAAGCUACAAUCUUUGAUACGAUGUAGCAACCAAACGUUGGGAGAAAUUCUGUCGAACGAUCCGUCAAUGAAAAUCUGCGAACAUUGCGGAGUGAUAAGCUGCACUAAACCACCAAAUAUUUCUGUCGAAUCGCGAACAUCACCACCCAACACCUCCUACUUUUUAAGUACGCAAAUGUUUUCAGACGUAACCAGCAGUGGCGACGAUGACCCGAGAACCUAUCGACAAAUAAGGAGAAUUAAUCCCAAAAAGGAAGAAAGGACGAAACGCGUUGAAAAAUACCGCGGUAUGCAAAAGGAUGAAAAUCGUUCGACUUGCAAAGAGCAAGUAGAUAAUGGAAAAAUUUAUGGCUCAAGGGAGGUAAGUCUAACCGUGAAACGAGAAAAUAAUUUCCACAUAAAUGCUCCUCAACGCAUCGAAACUAUGGUAGCUGAACGCGAACACGAUAACACGAUUCAAGAAACACGUUCUGCUCGUAACGCGAUAAACACUAGAAUAUUAGAAACAAGUAAAACAGAGUUACACGACCGCGUUAAAAAUUCGCAAAUAGAAAAGCCAUCGGCUAUCAAAAACAUCGUUAAGGCAACGACUAAGAAUCAACUACAAGCAGAAACUAACUCUAACUUCGAGGAAAAAGAUAAAAUUAAAAACGAUAUCACUGUCGAUUUUACAAAUAAUUCUUUGUACGGUAGAUAUUUCAAUCCCGUAGACUAUAAAGAAAAGUCCAUACCGAGAAAUAAACUAGACGAUUGGCAAACGUCGGACAAAGAUCAGCUAAAUUUCAACGAGUGUAAUGAGAAGGUUUUAAGAGACAUUCUAUAUGAACAUCCGAAAUCCCGUAUUGAUAACUCGGUAUCGCAAAAUUAUACAUCUUUAAAUAGCAGACAAAGCGCAGAGAGUAAACAGAACCAACCAAACAACGUCAUGAACGACAUAACUUCGUCUGCUAAUGAAGUGACGUACUUGGCACGAGAGCGUCCCGAAUCAAUAGAGAGAAGGAAGAAAGAAUUGGUUUCGCAAUUAGAUGAGAGCACGUACGUACAUUCUAGACAACCUACCGAUAGACGCAGUUUCGUUUUACACAAUGCACGGAAUUACAAUCCGUGUUUAAAUUCAGAAUUUUUAAUACUCGAUAAAUUGAUGGCAUCGAAUAUGAUCGAAAGAAAUAGCGAGAAAAGCCCAAGAAUCUCCUGCAUCGAUUCUCAAAAGCAUUUAAAACAUCCCAAACGUGACGAUCCUAUUGGAAAUAUGAAACAGUUUAGAAGUCCAACGUGUUUAAUAGAAGAUGAUUCGUUGGAAAAUUGUAUUACAGCAUCUCGUACGUUGGUACAGGCUAAUGAAAGUAAUACCACAGUUGUUAGUUCCUCGUCUGCUGAAAACAUGAUACGUGAAUGGGUAAAAGUUCCCCAAAGUACUAAUUGUAUUCAAGAUGAAACGUAUAAAAACUCGGAUACUUCGAAACCUUCUACGAUUGUGUUAAACGUAGAACCUGAUGCAUUCUGGGCUAAUGAGAAAUCAGUUUACUGUACACCGACGUCGAUCGAUGGACAACAUAAUGCAGAAAAUUAUAGUGUAAAGAAAACGUACAAAUCAUCAUCGAAGAAUAAAACCAAACACCAUCAUUCGGAUAAACGGACUAUAUCAAAUAUAAUCAGUGGUAGUUUCAAGCUGUGGAAUAGUAGAGACUCGAUAAAAGAUAAAAUAAAUACAUCAAAACAUAUUGACAUACACGGAAGCGAGAAACGUUUCAGGAAGCACUUAUUCGAUUCCUUUAAAAGUCUCAAGUCCAUAAAAUCCAUGAAAUCCAAAGAGUUAGGUGGAAGUACUAAAUCUUCAGGUUCUCUUGGAAAUAGUUCAUUUCCUAAUAUCCCUCCAAGUAUCACCCGGCGAAUCAUUUACAAUGAAUCGUCGUUAAGAAAUCUGAUACAUGACGAUACAAGGUACACAAACAAUCUGAAGGACAUAUUGUUGCUUUAUCGAAAAGUUCUCGAAAGUACAGAAGAGAUGGAUUGGCAGAGCUUUCAACGAUUUGUCGAAGACUUACAUCCUAACAAAAGAAAUCUUUGGCGCGAUAUUUGCAAAAUCAUUAACAGCAAAGUGAAAAGAAUAACCGAGGAAGACGACGGCAGUGCGGAAAUAUGUAUAGAGAUCACCUCCACUCCCUUCGAAGAGGCGAAGCACGAAAGAAGAAAGUGCAGCAACGAGAUCGUGUUCGAGAUGGACAUAACACUCGCAGACGUCGAGAGGUGUCUCAGUAGGAGGCAGCUACUAUCCACGGAGAAAGAGCAGCUUGACACCCUUAAGAGAGCCAGUGAAGUUAUUAAAGUUCGAAAUGAUGACGUUUGUGAUAUUGAAGUAGCCUCUAAUCAAGCUGAAUAAGCAGUCUUGCAUGCUUUCAAUUUCGCUUCUACGUAAUCCGAUUACCAUCUCCUUCACAUUUCCCUUGCCAUUUCUUUCGUACAUUAUUUUUGUUCUUUUUUGCAUACAAUUUCCGUAAAUCUACUUUUUAUAAAUGUCUGCCAAACUCUUGACAUUCCUGAAUAAAAUGUGAAAUAUAAGAAAUUAAAAGA